CUGUGCACAGUCCAAGUUUGAUCGUUGAGCCUCGCACAAAAAGAAUCAAAAUGAAAUUUCUCGUUGCCGUCUGCAUGCUGUUCAGCUUGGCCUCAGCCGAGUAUGUCGUCAAGAAUAAAGAUAAUAUGCUGAGUUACCGCGAGGAGUGCGUCAAGGAACUGGGUGUGCCAACUGAGCUCGUCGAGCAAUAUCAGAAAUGGGUGUAUCCCAACGAUGCCAAGACACAGUGUUAUCUGAAAUGCGUGUUCACCAAGUUCGGUCUCUUCGAUGUCCAAUCCGGCUUUAAUGUAGAGAACAUUCAUACGCAGCUGUCACGCGGAAAUGCGAACCACGACGAUGAGCUGCAUGGCCAGAUUGCUGCCUGCUUAGAUAAGAACGAGCAGGGCUCGAAUGCCUGCGAAUGGGCAUGGCGCGGUGCCGACUGUCUCCUAAAAAAUCAUUUGCAGCUAGUGCAGCAGAGCCUGGCGCCCAAAUCCUAAGUUACAACUAAGUACAUUAAGCUUCUAACUAACCAUCAAUUUUGUAAUUUCAUUAAUAAAAACUAUGAUUGGCAUAUACAGCGUA